AUGCCUCUGGGUUGCCUCCCAACAGCUAUUCUGGCUCACAUGGUAGCCAUUAACAAUGUGCCUCCUCCUCCACUCUGCAGCAUACCACGCCUAAGAAUGGAAAGAAAGAUUAAUUAUACUCGGUUGAAUAGCAUAUGCCACACUAGAGGAAUAAGGAGCAGUUGGCUUUCUCCCCUUACUUUGACAGCUCACAAUGCAUUCCUGAAGCAAUAUCCUAAAAUAUUUAUCCAUGAAAAACCAAUAUUACCUAAAAUCACUCAGGAUGAAAGAAGGAAAUUUGCUGGAAAGACAGAAGUGAAGGAGGCCCCGCCCGAGGAGUCACAUGACAUAGCUGUGAAUCUCAGAAAAGCACGUGGUAGCCCUAGUCUUGACAAAGAAGAAAACAAUGAGAAGAACUUCAUGGAGUUUUUAGCUAUCGUAAGGAAAAUGCCAACUCACAGAACAGCUCAUGAACACAGUAUUGUGUUCAAGACACUGAAGAAAAUUCCAGAGGUAGCCUCUCAGCUCAGCAAUAAGCAUCUGAAAAUUCUGAGUAAGAAAAUCUUUUCUCAAGUCUGGAUCAAAGAUAGCUUAGUGAUCGGUGAUGAUGGACUUUAUAUCCUACUGAAGGGCCGGGCUCGACCUCGUGUGAAGGAGCUAAGAAGUCUGUGUAAUAAUAAUGGCUCAGUCAUCCCUGCAAUUCCCAAGGAAGGCACAGCUUUUGAUGCAGAAUUAAAAACCUCCACAAUGUCGGAGCUAUACCUGCCUUCGCAGGAACUUAUACUGAAAAAAUGGAACACAUUUGGAUCACUGAAAUUUAUUCCUAAGGCUGAAAUGGAUGGAACUCUGCAUUCAGUUGUGACAGAGGAUGACUGCGAAAUCCUUAAGAUUCCUACAAAGGAGUAUGAGAAGUUAAAAUCAGAAAAAGAAAGACAGGAAAAUCUGCUAAAAUUGAAAUUAAUCCACAAGUGUCCUUUUUAUGAACACUGGCCUACUUUGUACAUAUGUGAUCUAGUUUCACUUUGUAAACGGAAGCAUUUUCCUCCAGGUCAAGUAUUAGUUGAAAGUGGAACUGUCAUUUCAUUUGUGGGUUUUAUUAUUUCUGGAUACUGCAACAUUUAUAGAAAUAUUGUGGGACUUAUGGAUCUACAAGCAAACAAAGUGCAAAAAGUUAAGAAACUUGUUUAUAUGGGUAGACUUAAGGAGAAGGAAUCCUUUGGUGAGAUCAGCAUUCUUCUUCAAGAUCCCUUCUCAUGCACAAUUAUUACUGGACAAGAAGUGAAUAUGGCAAUUAUCGAAGACAAGGAUAUACUUGGUAAAUAACUGGACCCUGUGAUCAAGGAGCUUAUGAUUCAAACAGCAAAACCAACUUUUGGCCAUCUGACAGAUGAUGAUGUAAAGAACGAAUACAUACAAAGGGUACAAGAAAAGGAAUGGAAAACUUUCAAGAGUAAGACAAUUGAGAAAACCUUGUUCUAUAACGGGGUUGUUCCUGGCUUUGGAAAAUGGGAACACACCUGGACAAGCCACUCCAGAAAUCUCAAGGAAGCUCACGUCACUUAUUAA